AUAUACACAACUCCUCCUCCACCCUCUUCCUUGUUCAAACAAUUCCCCAACAUUCAAAGCUACACUUAAUCUUAGCCAAAAGGCCUAUAAAGGUAUAUAUACCUUUUUUUUUUCUGAUCAAGAUUCAAACCCUAGAUCAGUUUUAAUUUCCUAGCUAUAGUUUUAUUCAUAGAGCAAGAAUGGGAAACAGCUUAAGGUGUUGUUUGGCUUGUGUUCUUCCAUGUGGGGCUCUAGACUUGAUUCGAAUAGUCCAUUUAAACGGCUAUGUGGAAGAGAUUACACGUCCAAUCACAGCAGGAGAGGUUCUAAAAGCCAACCCUAACCAUGUUCUAAGCAAACCUAGCUCUCAGGGAGUCGUUCGUCGGAUUUUGAUCCUCUCGCCGGAGACCGAGCUCAAGAGGGGCAGCAUAUACUUCUUGAUCCCGGAAUCUUCACUGCCGGAGAAUAAACGGCACGCCGGAAAGGGAAGCAUUGGUGGUGAUACUGGUAUAAAAAAGAAAGCAUCAACAAUGAAAAGCAACAAGGGUAGUAGUGAUGUUGAUUAUUCUUCACUACCACAAGGGUACCUCAAAGUCACUCACAAAGGUUCUAAAGAGAAGAGAUCGUCGUGCCGGGAUCGCCGGAAAGGCCGCAUCGGAAUAUGGAGGCCUCAUUUAGAGAGUAUAUUGGAAGAUUAGUCGGUUUUUUGUGCCGGUGGCCGGAAUCCAACAUGGCCGGAAAAGAAGAGAAGAAAAAGAAAAAAAAAUGUUCAAUUAUUGAAAUAUAGCGACACGACUUUUUUUUUUUCCCUGUGUUUUAUAAAUGUAUGUGGGAAUUUGAUUUUGUGGAUAAAAAAGUUUACUUUCCCUUCAAAUUGUCUUGCUGAGUUGAAUUUGGUCAAGCCUUUUAAUCUGUUUGCUUUCCAACAAUAAGGUAAAAAAAGAGGGGAAAAAAUGUUACCAAAAGUGAAGAUUUCAAGUUUGUAGCAAGAGAUUUCCAACCUCAAGUUCAUGCAAAUUAAAUAUCAUCCUUUUUAUUUAUUUAUGUCUGUUGAUAUGCAUGUAUCGAAGAAAAAUGAGUGUUUAACUUUAA